GUCCAACAUGGCGGACACCGGUGUGGCGGAGGCCCUCCUAAGGCAGAUUGAAAAGGUGGACGGCGGGGCGGACAGCCUGGAACUGGCCAACAGCCUCGGGGUGGAUCACCAGGUCGUCGUGGGAGCCGUGAAGAGUCUCCAGGCGCUCGGUGACGUGAUCUCCGCCGAGCUACGCUCGUCCAAACACUGGGAGCUGACCGAGGAGGGCACGGAGAUAGCCGAGCAGGGCAGCCACGAAGCUCGGGUGUUCGGCUCCAUCCCUCCGGAGGGUCUACCACAGGCGGAGCUGAUGAAACGUUCCUUUGGGAAGAUUGGCUUCAGCAAGGCCAUGUCCAACAAGUGGAUCCGACUGGACAAGUCCACAGAGGGAGGCCCCAGGAUCUUCAGGACUGUGGAGAGCAUACAGGACCAGGUCAGAGAGACGCUACUGCUGGUGCAGAGGGGCCGUUCCACUCAGCUGGAGGAGAAGGAGAAGAACGAGCUGAAGAAGAGGAAGCUCCUCUCUGAAGUGACGGUGAAGUCUUACUGGAUCACCAAGGACAGCUCGUUCAGCACCACCGUCUCCAAGCAGGACACGGAGCUCACACCUGAGAUGAUCGCCACCGGCAGCUGGAAGGAGAAGAAGUUUAAGCCGUAUAACUUUGAGGCCAUGGGCGUGGCCCCCGACUGCGGCCACCUGCACCCCCUGAUGAAGGUGCGGACACAGUUCAGGCAGAUCUUCCUGGAGAUGGGCUUCACGGAGAUGCCAACCAACAACUUCAUCGAGAGCUCCUUCUGGAACUUCGACUCCCUGUUCCAGCCUCAGCAGCACCCGGCCAGAGACCAGCACGACACCUUCUUCCUGUCAGAGCCGGAGCUGGCCCACCAGUUCCCCUGGGACUACCUGGAGAGAGUGAAGAGGGUCCAUUCUCAGGGAGGCUACGGUUCACAGGGGUACAAAUACGACUGGAAGCUAGAAGAGGCUCAGAAGAACAUCCUCAGAACCCACACCACGGCCGUCAGCGCGCGCAUGCUGUACAAGCUGGCCCAGCAGGAAACUUUCUCCCCUGUCAAGUAUUUCUCCAUCGACCGGGUGUUCAGGAACGAGACGCUGGACGCCACCCACCUCGCCGAGUUCCAUCAGAUAGAAGGAGUGGUCGCCGACUACGGAAUGACUCUAGGAGACCUGAUGGGAGUUCUGCAUCAGUUCUUCACCAAACUAGGAAUUACCAAACUUCGCUUCAAACCAGCUUACAAUCCGUACACCGAGCCCAGCAUGGAGGUGUUCAGCUACCACGAAGGGCUAAAGAGGUGGGUGGAAGUAGGAAACUCUGGUGUGUUCAGACCAGAGAUGCUGUUGCCCAUGGGUCUGCCUGAGGACGUAUCUGUAAUAGCCUGGGGCCUUUCUCUGGAGAGGCCCACCAUGAUUAAAUAUGGCAUCAACAACAUCCGAGAGCUGGUGGGACACAAGGUGAACCUGCAGAUGGUUUAUGACAGCCCCUUAUGUCGACUGGACUCCUGAGUUUUUGCCCACUUCUUGUCAAUAAUUUAUGGGAUGGAGGCGUUUUCCGGCCCAGGUUCCUGAUAUCCACACCUGUAUGAGACAGCUGUUUAGCUGUGAAGCUUCUUCUGAUGGUCGUGAAGUCAAGGCUGAGGUUUUCAGACCCUCUGAUCCCAAUGCUGUCAGCACUCAGCUUGUUUUUGUACAUCAUGUUAGCCAAAUGACAACAUUAAAUGAUUCUGUAGAAACGC